AUGGAUGGUCUGCAGCUGCUGACUGUGAAUGAACCUGGGGUCUGUCGUUAUGGAUCUAUGUCUGAUUGCUGCUAUGGCUGGAAAAGAAAUCACAAACAGCGCUGUGAAGCUAUCUGUGUAGAUGGAUGCAAAUAUGGUGAAUGUGUGUUGCCAGAUACAUGUAAGUGUUACCCUGGAUACACAGGGAAAACCUGCAACCAAGAUAUUAAUGAAUGUGGAUUAAAGCCAUAUGUUUGCAAACACAGAUGCAUGAACACUCAUGGAAGCUACAAAUGCUAUUGUUUAAAUGGGUACAUGCUCAUGCCAGAUGGCACCUGUGCCAAUUCCAAAACAUGCACUAUGGUGAAUUGCCAGUAUGGUUGUGAAGAAGUGAAAGAUGAUGUGCGAUGCUUGUGUCCGUCAAGUGGUCUUCAGUUAGCACCAAAUGGAAAAACCUGCAUAGAUAUUGAUGAAUGUGCCACUGGCAGAGCAGUUUGCUCUUUCAAUCGAAGAUGUAUCAACACAUUUGGAAGUUUUUAUUGCAAAUGCCAGAUUGGAUAUGAACUGAAACACCUGAAUGGCAGAUAUGACUGUGUAGAUAUAAAUGAAUGUAUAGCAAGUACACCAAAAUGUAAUUUACAUGCAGAAUGCCUGAACAUUAAAGGUUCCUUCAAGUGCAAAUGUAAACCGGGCUAUACAGGCAAUGGCUUUGAAUGCUCAGCUGCUCAUGAAAAUUCAGUGAAAGCAAUUCACAGGUUGUAUGGCAUUACCAAAGACAAAUUCAAGAAACUGUUUCUUCACAAGAAAAGUGCAAAAAAGCAUGAUGACAUAAAAAAUACAAUCCCAGCAUCUAAACCUCAUGUGAGUCCUUUAGACUAUGAAGAUGACUUGUAUCCAGAGGGUGCCUUCAGUAAAUGGGGGAAAAGCACUGAAGACAUAAGAAAAAACAGAAAAACAAUAGAACAAGAAAGUGUUGAAGAAGAAGGAGAAAUGGAACAUCUCAAAAACCAGACUGUCCAUGAGAAGAAACUGAGGGGAGAUGUAUUUUACAAAGAAGCUGCUGGUUUUGGCCCUCACAUAGCAUACAAAAAAAUUCCAGUCUCAAAAGAAAAUAUACAAGUUGUAGACUGCAGUUUUGGUCGAGGUUCUUGUGCUUGGCAACAAGAUGUGUAUGACGACUUUGAUUGGAAUCCUACAGAUCAUGAGUUUGGUGAUGGAUAUUACAUGACAGUUCCAGCCUUCAUAGGUCACAAGAGUGAUGUUGGGCGUAUGAAACUUCUUCUUACCCAUCUGGAGCCAAAGAGCAUUUAUUGUUUGAUGUUUAGUUAUCGACUUGCAGGAGAAAGGGUGGGAAAACUGCAAGUAUUCCUAGGCAACACUACUAGCAGUCCUUCCUGGGAACAGACUAUGGGAAAUGAUGAACAAUGGAGGAUUGGACAGGUUGAAGUAGACACAGGGGCUGAAACAGCUAUGAAUAUCACUUUUGAAGCAGAACGUGGGAAAGGUAAAACCGGAGAAAUUGCAAUUGAUGCCAUUCUACUGUUUUCUAAUUUAUGUUCUGAAGACCUCUUAAUGUUGCAUAUCUGAACAGAUUAUUUUAAUU